GUAUGGUCGCGUGUUAUCGCCAUUUAUUUAAUAUAUACGGGGUCUACGUAACUAAUGUAUCCAUAUGUAGUAUUAUUGUUAUCAGAUGUUUAAAUGAUAGCUGUAUCAGUAUAAAACACUUGCUUUGUUAAUUAUGCAGUGUUUUCUUUUGGCGGGCACGACGCCGCUCUUUUGUUUUUAUUUUUUUUUUAAAUUAGUAUUGUGACUGUGUAUAAUUAAAAAUGAAUACUAGUGAGGUGCUCGAGUUUAUAAUGCCAUCGACGACUUUGUUACCAUUAUCGAUGUAUGUACCAGACAUGACAACAGUUAUGCCUGAGAGUGGCACUUUUUUCGGUGAUACAACCAUUAUGAGUGAUGCAUCAUUGUUAGCAGAAACUACAUCUUUCUUGUCAGAAACGACAACUUUUUUGCCUGAAACAACUACAGGUGCAUCCGAUUUUAGAUCAUGGCUGACGGAUAUUGUAAUGAAGCGUACAGCAAUCCAGGGCAGCUUCUGGCAGGGUUUCCUGGCUUCUCUCUCCGUCGUUAUCGUGUCCGAGCUCGGUGACAAGACCUUUUUCAUUGCCGCCAUUAUGGCGAUGAAACACCCUCGAGUCAUAGUAUUUGCUGGAGCCAUAUCCGCUCUGGUCUUCAUGACAAUACUGUCAGCUGCCUUCGGAUGGAUAGCUACCGUGAUACCUCGGGUAUAUACGUAUUAUGCCAGCGCAGCCCUCUUUGCAAUAUUUGGAUUGAAAAUGUUAAGAGAUGGAUGGAAAAUGAAUCCUAAUGAGGGUCAAGAGGAAUUAGAGGAAGUACAGACUGAGUUGAAGAGAAGAGAAGAUCAGGACGAAAAAGAAGAAACCCUAGACAUGCUAGAGCAGGGACAGCAAGAAAGCAGACGGCGGAAACGGAACGCCGUAUUCAAAGUGUUACUGCAAGCUGCAUCGCUAACUUUCCUAGCGGAGUGGGGUGAUCGCUCGCAGUUAGCCACCGUGGUGCUAGCGACGCGGGAGGAUGCCAUUGGUGUCGUGGUAGGCGGGUCCUUGGGACACGCGUUGUGUACUGGACUGGCGGUUAUCGGUGGUAGGAUGGUGGCGCAGAAGAUCUCUGUGAGGACUGUUACAAUAAUCGGUGGUAUAGUGUUCCUGUUCUUUGCAGUAAGUGCCCUAUUUAUCGGCCCCGGUGAAUAAGGAUAGAAUGUUUCCUACUAUAUAAGUGACAAUAUGAAUAAUUGUUGUACCCUAGUGAAUAUGAAGAUUUUAUAUUUUAUAAAGCUAGGACGAAGCAACAAUAAACUUCAGUAAUAAUGUAAAUAAAAUUGAUGGAUCGUACUGGAUCAAACGAAAAUGAUGCGACUGUAGUGCAUUUAGCGUUACUUGUAAUUAUUAGAUAGCUUUUGGAAGAGUAUAAUGUGGACUAAGAGUAGGUACAGUUAAUCAAAUUCAACAACAACAGUCUUGUCUAGUUUUGUCAUCAGUCAAACAAAGCAAACUUCUGCUGCUUGACGAAUUCGCGACUAAUAAUUAGUAAUAAAUUAUACAAUUCAUCUCUAACACAAACAAUUUAUUUAAAUAUAUGUUCUUAAUUUAUUUGACGGUGGUAGAUUCUCGAAAUACACACAUUUGUAUUUAUGAGUAUGAUUGUUUAUAUUAGUCUAGUUGUUUCCUAUUUAUAUAUGUAUUUAAGUAUUUAUAUAAAUAUAUAGAAUGCUUCUAUUUACAUUAUACAGUAAAAUAAUAAGAGUACAUUUAAAUAUUAAAUCAACACAUCUGUAAAAAUACAAAAAGGCGCUAUUUCUGUUUUAGUACACUCAUUACAAGCUUCGUUAAGUUUGGGACUAUUAUGAUUAUGUCUGGCGUUAUUAUUAUUAUUAUUAUUUGUAUUAACUGUAUUGCACAUAAAAUAUUAUAAAUACAAAUGGUUACAAAAGUUAGGAUAUGUACUAAACAGUCGGUCGUUUAGUUUGAUCCAGUAUAAAACUAUCUACUGUUGUGCAUUAAGUGACCUACAAUACACUUUAUUGUGGCUGUAAAACAAAAAACUUUAAAAGAAACCUUCAA